AUGUUGCGCAUCAUGCUGGUUUCCGGAAAAGAGGUAACCAGCAUUCCUCUCACAGAGCUGAGCGACGUCAAGGCCUUGAAGCAACGACUGCAUCAGCAGCAGGGCCUGCCGCCACGUUUCAGGCAAAGGCUUGUUCAUGGGGGCAGCACUUUGGGGGAUGAGAUCAAAUUCGACUCUGUCUUGGAUCCAGAUGGUGUGGCUGCGACAUCUUCCGAGGCCACAGACAAGAUGCAGCGACAGGUCACUGCUGCGGCUGACCACGGUUCCCCGCGCACUGCAACGUUGAAGCGGCGAUUGGACCCCGAGGACGGUGCGCCGCCACCAUGCAAGCAAAGGAGGCUUCACGAGCUGAAGGCUUCCAUUGACGGCGUGGACGUCGUGAUAGAUCUGCAGGUUUUGAUCUUGCCCUUCUCGGAGGCUUCGGACAGCCAACGCAGAGAGCUAUGCCGGGCGGCUCAUCAUGGCCGUUUGCACAAGGCCGGUGCCCGUGACUUCCCCGACAGGAACUGCAAGGAGGACGAGCUUGAUUUCUAUGCUGCCGCCUUGUAUCAGUUGAUCGAGGGCGUGAAAAAAGAUCAGCCGGUGGAGUUCAAGAAAUUCGACGAUGAGCUGGCAAUCCUUCAAGAGAAGCUUUCGGAUGUCGUCACUGAGAAGAUGGUCAAAAUGGUCUCGCAAGACGACAUGGGCGGAGACGAUGACACUCCUCUGCCAGCGUGCCCCGCCGACUUUGGAAUCGAAGCCGGUGACUUCUUGACAUUUUCGUACGGAGGGCCCAACUUUGAGGAGGCGGGCGGGAUUAUGAAGGAGAUUGCAUUCGAAGAUGAAGCUAUGCAGUUACGAAUCCACUAUUCCUACGGCCCGUACUUUGACUAUUCGCAGACCUUCAACACGACCUCGGACGUCGAGUAUAAGAAUCGCACCCUCGGGUCGAAGGUGGGUAGAUUCUUUGAGCUCUCCUGGAAGCACACGCUGAACGCCAUCGUGCGAGCUGGGAAGGCUGUGGGCGAUUUAACGGCGAAUGGGGGGAAGCUCUUGUGGGAUAUGACGGUGAAUGCUGGAAAGGUCUUGGGGAAGAUGGCGAUGUGGACCGGUGCUGGGGUAGCGAAAGUCUACUCACGUGUCAGGCAGACCACUCCGCACACGAACCAGACGAAAUGGACGCACACAGAGAUGGGCAUUGGUGGUGGCAGAACCAUUUCAGCGUAUGGCCGUGGUGUUUACAGCAAUGGCUUUCCAGUCUGCAAGAAUCCUGGGGAAAUCGUGAUUUCACGCUUCGUUGGCGACGGAACCGUCAAUGCGGCCGCCUAUCGGAAGCUAGCUGCUGAGCGGGCGCUCAUGUGGGAGCCGUAUCUUGGCCACUAUGCAGACACUGUGGGGCAGUGGCACAGAGCUGUUUUCGGUCACUGCAUGUCAUGGCUUGGCACGCCGGGAAAGUCGGAAUAUUUUGAAGCUGUCACACCAGAGAGGGUGGAGGAGAUGUGGAACUACACCCCGAGCGAGCAGGACACUGAGAGAGGAUUCUUCGACGGCAUGCGCGACAAUUUCCGCACACAUGCUAGCACCAACCACAGCAACCACACCCGGAUCAAGCCGAAGGCGAUGUUUUGCUCAAAGCUUGUGGCGGCCGUCUGGUCUUCCACCAUUGGCAACCCGACCGCUUCCCCCGAUGCGCAGCCUCGCUCGGAAGAUCUGAAGAAGAUGUUCCCCUUCAACCCUGGCGCCUGCAGCCCUUGGACUUUGGUCCAGUGGCUGCUGAGCAAGAAGGGACGUGAGACGUGGCACUCCUGCAUUGCUGAGCCGGGGAGGAAUUUUCAUGCCUGCGGUUGGUACAGGUAA